UCUCACCUCUUCUCCACCCCCAAUAUCGCUUCUUUUUACGACCGAGCGCUGCGUCUUGAGCUGACAACUAACGUUAAAUCGGUCAUUUUAAAGUGGGGUUCCGUGCUCAGGACCACUGAACGGCCAUGGAAGAACUUACGGCGUUCGUCUCGAAAUCUUUCGAGCAGAAAACCAAGGAGAGCAGUAAGGAGAGUAUCACGUACAGGGAAGUUUUGGAGAGUGGCUUGGCGCGGGCGAGGGAGCUGGGGAACUCGGAGACAAGUCUACAGGACAUAACGGAAGGCAGCAACCACUGUCCGGUACAUCUAUUCAAGGAGCACGUAGAGCUAGAGAAAGAAAAACUGAAGGAGUUUAACGUUUCACGGGCCACGGAAGGGAUAUAUGAGUGUAAAGAGAAGAAGGAGGACGUGAAGUCUGAGGACGAGGACGCACAGAGCAAACUGAAGCAGCGACGGAGCAGGACAAACUUUACUCUGGAACAGCUCAAUGAGCUGGAGCGCCUGUUCGACGAAACGCACUACCCCGACGCAUUCAUGCGGGAAGAGCUGAGCCAGAGGCUGGGACUGUCAGAGGCGAGAGUGCAGGUUUGGUUUCAAAACAGAAGAGCGAAAUGUCGAAAACAAGAAAACCAGAUGCAUAAAGACACCUCUUCAUACUUUCCAGGUGUCACUCUGGGAAUUGCCAGUCAUCUGGAUGCCUGCAGAGUAGCUCCAUAUGUCAACAUGGGAGCGCUACGGAUGCCUUUUCAACAGGUCCAGGCCCAGCUCCAGUUGGAGGGCGUGGCUCACUCCCACCAUCACCUGCACCCUCACCUGGCGGCGCAUGCACCCUACCUGAUGUUCCCGCCCCCGCCCUUUGGACUACCAAUCGCCUCUCUCGCGGACUCAGCCUCUGCAGCGGCGGCCGUGGCGGCGGCUGCCAAGAGCAACAGCAAGAACUCUAGCAUCGCUGACCUUCGACUCAAGGCAAGAAAACAUGCCGAGGCGCUGGGUCUCUGACCCCAUCGGGCUUCCCCUCCGCUCGCCCCACGCCCUCAUAAUCACCUGCUUCUCAUACAAGACUGAGCCCUGUGAUCGGGUCUGACACUUACAGCUUAAACAAAACAACAUUUAAAAAAAAAACACUGAGAGGGAGAAUGAAAGAGAGACAGAGAGAGAGAAAAAGAGAGACACAGAGGGAGAGGGAGAUGGGGAGAGAAUGAGUGGAGGAAGAAGAGGAGGAGAAAGGAGGGGAGCAAGAAAAUUGUCACAAAACCAGCUGCCAAAACACCCAUUUGUAGAGAGAACGGUAAUUAAAUACCAAUGAAAUCACCUUUUACUUUUCGCCCAACAGGCAGGACUUCUGCGGGGCCAGUGGCUCAGUCCACUCCAGGCACACAUCACAAGUCCAGGACCGUACAAACACAUGUGGAUGUCUGUCUGAGCCGAGGGCCGGGCCGGGCCAGGCCAGACCGGGAGACUUUAGAACAAAGCAAACUGGCAAAGCAGGCAAGCAGGGCCAAAUACUAGAGCCUCACUGAUGCCGAUGCCGUCACGUUGACUUUACAGACUAUUGUGUGUUUGGGAAAAGACACUGACACCACGAGGCAUCGGACUAAACAUUACACACACAAAAAAAGACAAAAAUUACGAAAAAAAGAGAAAAGAAAUGGCCAUGUUCUCUGUGUAACCACUGUGUUGUUUCCUGCCGCUGCCCAGUGCAUGAGUUCUAUUGGAGGACUGCAGACGUAUCACGGAGGCUGGCCAUGUUGUAUCCGACCUAACACCCCAACUCUGUUGUAUCACUGCCAUUCAAAAUUCCCACUAUAUAUACUCUCAUCCACAAAGUCAAAGAUCAUUGGGGUUUGAUUUCCUUGAAACUGUGGACUGACAGGAAUAGGCUAAUCUAAUCCCUUACUUUCUGCUUUUGUAGGAUGGAAAGUGUAAAUGUGUUUUGCUGGGAAUGAGUCCAAAAUAAGUUUUUUUUUUGCUGUUCUCCUCACAUUGUUCUCUCUCUCUCUCUAGCUUUCUUUCUUUCUGUUUAUCGUGACGUUUCUUGGGAAUAGAAGUGAAGAUAUUCUUUGCACUUCAGGUCUUGUAUGUGGGAGUUUACAAACAGCACUACAAGCAGAUACUACUUUACUAAAUGAGGGCGGGGAAAGGAACCGAUUUGGGUUUUUAUCAUGUCAUCAAAAAGAGACGUUCACAAAACGUUUAGAAGGAUAAAGGGUAUAACUGCAAUUUUUUGUAAUUUUGAAAAUAUGAAGGAAGCAUCAGUUAAACUGAAAUGCAAUUGUGCGCAGUUUAAGUGCAAUACUGUAAAUAUGAAGAAAAAAAGAGAGAGAAAAGCAGUUAAUUGUUAGAGAUAAACAAAUGAUUUGCAGUGAUUUGUUUCAGGCACUGAUAAAUCCCUGUGUUGAAUUUCUUUGCCAAACAGACCCGUUUUUUUCUAAAGCAUUGUAUAUUAUGUUAUGUUGCGAACUCAUCCUCAAUCAUGUGCCAUAACCCCAGAAAUGCAAUGGUUUUCAAACAUAGUUUUGUACACAUCAGGAAACUAUAAUAACUUGUUGAGGUAGACAUGAGCACCUGGGUUUGAUGCUGAAAUUAAUAACUGAAACUAGGAUCUGAGAUAAUUUAUCAUAAUCUAUUGCAUUAACAUGAGACAAAGCAUUAUGUCAAAUUCCACCAAAGAUUCUAACAAAUGUUCCAAUUGAUGUUAUAGGAAAAAUAAAACCAUGGCAGUGUUAGGCCUGUACAUGUCAAACUUGCAUUUAUUUGCAUGUUCAUGUUGCAAUUUCAUGGUUUAACAACCCAAAUAAACAAUGCCUACUAGCAAGUAUUAUAUUUGAAACAUUUGCAAAUUCAGAGGAUAAUGUUUUGUGUCAUUGAGAAGCAGAUCCUAGUAAGGUCUACCUCAAACAAUGUUUUACCAACACUUUCUCUGUUCUCAAACCACCAUUUACAGUUAUUUAGCAAUGUCUCCAUUUUAAAUUAAACACAUGGGUGCUUUUAUUUAUUAUUUUUGUCUGAAAGUUUAUACAAUUAAAAAAAUAGUUGAAAUACAAGUGUACAUUUUGACAUGGCUUUGCAUUUAUUUUUAUAUGGUUUUUAAAUGUUACAUUUGCAACGGGAGAUGCGUGGCUGUUGUGCAUUGUUUGCCUAAAAUGUAGCGUGUCAGCGUUUACAAACAUUUCAGGGAUGGUUGAAUUUGAUUAAGCUCCAUUGAAUUUGUUAUGCCUACCACAAGUAUUAUCAUUUCAUAUGCAAGCAUGCCUAAACAUGAUUCACUAUACAGUUUGUAUUUUUUUCCUUUUGAUUCACAAAAUAUGAAUGUACAAGUAAACUAUCAAUAAAGUUAUAAAUAUUUGUA